AUGACCGGAAUCGAGGAUCCGACAAGUGUGUACGAGAUCAAUGGGCGUAAGAUUACCAGAGUGAUUCGACAUUUGGCAGUUCGUUUUAGUUCUUUCAAUUUUACGGUGGAGUUUUAUAGGUCAACUUUCCUAGUUAAGACCAGCCAGAGACCAAAAGGAGCUCCGAAAUGGGUCAAAACGGUGCUUAAUCUGGAUUUGAUGGAUGAUAUUAGUGAGGAAUGGGUUGAUUCCGAUGUUCUUAUCUUCAAUACUGGGCAUUGGUGGAAACACACAAAGUUAUUCGACUCGGGCUUGUAUUUCCAGGUUGGAGAUAGGUUGAAACUUGGAAUGUCAAUACCUGAGGCCUUUAACAUGGCUCUUUCCACCUGGAAAUCUUGGGUUGAGAGUAACAUCAACACCAGCAGAACUCAUGUACUUUUCCGGACUUUUGAAUCCGACCAUUGGGGUACUGGAUUUUGUGAAGUAACACGGCUGCCUAUGUCAAGAGUUGAGGGCUUGGACCAGCACCCAUAUUCCGAUGCCAUACUCGAUUUAACGAAGAACUUAUCAGUACCCGUUACCGUGUUACAUGUCACUCCGAUGACGGCGUUUCGAAGUGAUGCACACGUAGGAACUUGGGGUGAUAACCCAUCGAUACGUGAUUGUGCGCAUUGGUGCUUACCCGGCGUGCCUGACAUGUGGAAUGAAUUUAUCUUCUCAAAUCUGUUUUCAUCACACAUCAAAUCUUGAACAAGAUGGUCUUUAUACAAUCUAUUUCUUUCUUUGUCUUGAUCAUCAAUUUCCAUGUGUUUGUAACUUUGUAUUCCGCUGUUGCUUGAAAGGAUACCUUGAUUACGUACUAAUCCUUC